AUGACGCACGCUAUAGAAUGGACCAUGGCCGAGAUCAUUAACAACCGGAAGACUCUCGAGAGAUUGAGAGGAGAGAUCGAUUCCGUUUUAGGGAAAACAAGGCUGAUUCAAGAAACGGAUCUACCAAACCUUCCUUAUUUGCAAGCAGUGGUCAAGGAAGGACUGAGAUUGCACCCACCGGCUCCAAGAAGGUUAGAGGUUUUUAGCUUAUUCAAGAUCAUCAGGAAAAAAGGACAAGAUGAGAGAGGAAGUGCUAGAUUAUCUUCCUUUCGGAGAGGAGAGGUUGUCCUGGAUGGAUCCAAUUUAGCUUAUCUCGUUAUGGGAACCACGAUUGGAGUGAUGGUGCAGUGUUUUGAUUGGAAAAUCAAAGGAGAGAAAGUUAACAUGGAUGAAGCUGGUGGAGCUGUGACCUUGACCAUGGUUGCUCCAACUUCUUGA